GGCGAAGAAGUGGGGGUGGGGGCUCCCCGUCCCUCGGAGAAGCCGGGGCGCGAGCGCCCAAGGCGAGCCCUGAACUCCGCUCCUGACGCGGGCCAGGCAGAGCAGGGCACAGCGCUGCGAGCGGCCUCAAGGCCCUAGGGGCCCCGCUGGGGAAGAGAGGGGGAGGAGGCCGGAGCUGCAUGGAGUUUCUAGGGCGCGCAACUCCUGCGGGGCCUCGGCCACUGAGCUCCGGGGCGCAGCGAGGCAGCCGCGCACAUGGGCUAAGCCCGCGCGCCAGGGCUCUGCACGGCCAGCGGGAGCGGGAGGGGUAGAGGAGCGCGCCGUGCCGGGGUGCGGGGCACGCGUCCCCAGACGGGAGCAGAGGACAAGGACAGGGAGGAAGGUGCCCGCAUCGCGUUCGGAGCCGACGAGGGGCUCGCGCCGGUUCGGCGCGCGCUUGGGGAGCGGCUCCGGGGCGCCGUGGGAGCCGGCGGCAGCGAGAAUGCCGGCGCGGGGACGCGGCUGCCGGCUGGGGGUGUGAGCGUAAGGCUCAGCGCUGCCCGCCGGCGCCUCCUUCCGCGCCGCCCCCUCCCCCGCUGCGGGCCUAGGAGGGAGCCCCCCACGCCGCCCUGAGGCGCCUCGGAACCUGGGCUUCGGGACAGCGGGCCCGCGCGGCUGGCCCGGCCCAGCGAUAGGGAAAAGAUGCCUUUCCACCAUGUGACUGCUGGCCUGUUGUACAAGGGGAAUUACCUCAACCGAUCUCUCUCUGCUGGCAGCGACAGUGAGCAGCUUGCUAACAUCUCUGUGGAGGAGCUGGAUGAAAUCCGAGAGGCCUUUCGGGUUCUGGAUCGAGAUGGGAAUGGCUUCAUCUCCAAGCAGGAGCUGGGAAUGGCCAUGCGCUCGUUGGGGUACAUGCCGAGUGAGGUGGAGCUGGCCAUCAUCAUGCAGCGCCUGGACAUGGACGGGGAUGGACAGGUGGAUUUUGAUGAAUUCAUGACAAUUCUUGGCCCAAAACUGGUGUCUUCAGAAGGUCGUGAUGGUUUUCUUGGAAACACAAUAGAUAGCAUAUUCUGGCAGUUUGACAUGCAAAGGAUAACUCUGGAAGAGCUGAAGCAUAUCCUCUACCACGCCUUCCGGGACCACUUAACAAUGAAGGACAUUGAGAACAUCAUCAUCAAUGAGGAGGAGAGCCUGCAGGAGACCUCAGAGAAUUGCCAAACAGAGUUUGAAGGAGUGCAUUCCCAGAAGCAGAACAGACAGACCUGCGUGCGGAAGAGCCUCAUCUGCGCCUUCGCCAUGGCCUUCAUCAUAAGUGUCAUGCUGAUCGCGGCCAACCAGAUCCUUCGGAGCGGCAUGGAGUAGCCGCUCCCGCGGCGUCCCAGCUCACGCGCAUGUGCAUGCUCCGUGGGCAGACUUCCUCCACCGUGCGGACGGUGCAGACUUGGACCGUUCAGCCAAGAACCCAAGAUUGUGGUGCAACUAGUAUUGCAGACCCACUUCAUCUCCUAAGCAGGGACACAAAAGGGCUGUCUUAAAUGCUUUAAUGGUUUUGUUUCCUAAUGCAAUAAAUAGCCAGGAGUUCCGAAUGAUUGCUCAACCACCUGUAGGAACUCUGAAGAGAAAACUUCCAUUUCGUCUCGGAAUUCCAAUGGCCAUCCAGGUUGGUGGUGUGAGAGAGCAAGAGAGAAGCGUGACCGCACAGUCACCUCCACACCCCAUCCUUCAACCCAGGGGUCAACUGGAGACUCCCGCUGAGGGAACCCUCAGUCCCAACAGGCCGACUUCUGGGCUGCUGCAGAGGGGCCUUUCCUUCCCACCCUGGCUUUCUUCCUUCACCAGUGGAGUCCCCUGAGGCGUGAAGGGAAAGCCAUCGAAUGGGGUCUGUGAGUCGCACCUCCUUCGCUUCCGUUCUUACUGCCUUUUCUACAGGACUCGUGUUGGCAGAGUUGGGGAGCUCUCGGUCUCCACCGGCACUUGGCUUUCUGUUCCUAGGGCCCAUUACGCACCAGCAUUUUGGAAUCUGCAGAGAGCUUUCCUCCCAGCUUUGCCGCCUGUGCUGCCAUUAGAGAAAAAAGAAGCAUACGGUGGGCAUCUCUGUAACACAAACACAUAGAUGUGUAUAUUUGGCUUCUUCACGUGUGACAUCAUUCUGUCCUAAUUGCCCUCUGUGGUUAUAAGCUUGUCCUCUGACAGGCGUUCCUGCCUCCUCCGGGCGGCAGGUAGUUUGGGAGACAGGGAGGGACCAGUAGUGGGGAGGGGUUGCAGCCUACAUCCCAGUUACCUGGCCAGGGCGAUGGAACCCAAACACAUCUCCGUGCUGGAAGACCUCUGUAAGUUAAGGUCCUUGCUCAUCUUACCUUCUUCUCACCUUUAAAUUUACUUUGUUAAUUAGUCUUCCCCAGAUAAAAAGAGGAAUACAAUCCAACAUGGAAAGAUGGAAAGAUCAAACUACUGUAGUUUGCAUAACAACUUACUUCCGGUAGUCAGAUUCUGCAACUGACUCAUUUUCAUGAGAAAAGCAUGUUCAUAAGCUUGGCCACCAGGACAGGUUACUGACUUCUGCUUGCAGACUUCUCCUGGGGAAGGGAACUGAAUCCCAUAUACUGUUUUCAGCACCGUUUCAAGUCUAUUCCCGACUUUUUCCUAGAUGCCACAUUGGUCACCACUAGUAAUUCAAGCUUGCAUAGUCUAAUUAGCCAAUAAUCUUUCAGUGUAAUAUUUCCCUCUGUACUUUUCCAAGCUCAGGUCUUUAUUUCUGUAGUGGAAUUGUCUUGCUCCUCUUUCUUUCGAUUGCUUCUUAAAGCUACAUUCUUUUCUUCUCUCCCUUUCCCCCUGUCUUCCAGUAUUAAGGAGCCAGAAUCUUUCCUUUCUGCCUGCAGCUGGGAAGGCGUGCAGCGUGCAGCAUGGUGUGUGUCCCUGAACCCCUCCUCAAGCCUCCCGCCCUCGUGGGCUUUCUCCCUGCUUCCUUCUCGGACUUGGAGCAUCCAAGUCUCAGUUAGGGUCUUCUUCCAAUUCACUUCUGCAAGCACUUUGGGCAAUAGUCUGGGGGCAAUUGGAGACACUUCCCCACUGUGGAGGACCACACAUAUUCCUGAUGAGCACAAGUCAAACUAGGGUUUGAGCCAUAGUACAGAGGAGGGAGCAGGUAUAAGUUCCUGAGAGCCUGGGGUGUGGAGAGCCCCUCUGCCAGGGGUCCCACACAUCUAAGCCAAGGAAGGCAGCAGCUUGCCUGUCCCUCUUGUCCACCCACCCUGCCACAGUCCAGACUGCAUGUCUGUCUCUCUUCUCUCUUCCCUUGCCUGACUCACCCUGGUCCAUCAGGAUUGGAACUCUAAAUGAGAACAGAUUCAAAUGCAGAACAGGAACACAUAGAGCAAGGUCAUCGUUAGUUUCCCCCCAAAGCACUUUGCCCUCCCUCUCUCAUCUGCACUUGGGUGGGAGGGACCUCCUGAACUAGUAAGACCAUGUCUUCCUGGGGAGAGGUGCAAGACCCUAAUACUGAAGAAAUCCCCCAGGGAUGACUCCUCAAGGACCCUGCCCCAUGGAACAGACUGGAGCACUGCAAGUGGGGCAGGGCUGUGGGGCAUAAACUGAGUACUUCCUCAGAGGCUACUUUUCUGCAAGUUUUUGGGCUUCCCACUGGAGGAUGGGACCUGGAAGUGUAUGAGGUCUAGACUUCACUGGGAGAGAAACUCACACUGGGCAGGGGUGGAGAUUAAAAGGGGUUCUGGGAAUAGCCUGUUCCCCACAAGGCCUCAGCAGUUUUUCCCUACAGAGGACCCCUUUCCUCUCCCAAUGACCAGAAGCCAGCCUGUUCUGGCCAGGAGGAAAUCUAGGAGAGUAUCCCUUGUGGGUGCUGCUAGGGAGAGAGGGCCAUAAGGAAGCCACAGAACUCUCUCUGAUGGGUCAGAAGUUAAUGUCCCACCAUGGUGAGUGCACCUGGCACCCAGGGUCUGAGCUGUGUGAAGACAGCAAGGGCUCGUGGCAUUACUGAGACCUUGGGAGCUAAACAGCUGUCUCUCUGGCUUGUCCCCUGGCUGUUCUGCUGAGACAAUCUGUCAAAGGUGUUGGGCUUCUCUGAAACGCUUAAGAUGCUGGCUUCCGGCAGCCCCACCCCAAGUCCCAUCCACAUCUGUGCUUCUCUGGGGCCCCACACCAGGUAGCACCCUUGCCCACAGAGGUUAUGAUGCUCAGAGAUAAAAACUCCAGAAGUCUUGGUCCCCCAUGCCCAAAAUGUGCUCUGUGGCCCUGGAUAGAGGUGGUCUCUGCAGAAACCACAAGAGAGGAGCCCCUCACUCUGUCCUCCUGGAUGGUAGACAUGGAAGUCUGUUUUGGGGUGGCUGAAUGACUGCUGGCAAACUGAACUUGGUUCAUUCGUGUGGCAGAAACAGGUGCCCCCCAGGUAGCAUCAGUUAUAAUCAAGAAGGCAUUUUGCUUGGGAGACAAGGGAUCCAGUCCCCAAUCUCCUUGGCCCCCAAAGAAGCUGCCUCCCAUCACUCCAGAAGCAGACAGAGCCCCCAAACAGGAUCCAGCAUGGGAACUAUUAUCAGUGGCUUCCAGAAUGUGCGUGGGUCCCAUGUGACCAAUCAGUAAAAAAGGAUGUUGCCGUGGCAACCCUUGAAUUCCACCCUGAGUUUGCCAAGGCACACAAAAAUAGGGAACAUUUUCUUAAAGAACACUUGGGUUCUGCCUGAUUGCAACCUGAUUCGCUGCAUCCGUAUCCUGCUGGUGGUGGAAAUUACCCUCAAAAAAAUCUGGUGAUUUCUCUGCCUUUCCCUCUUCUGUUUGAACCUCUCCUUCCAUUUGCUCAGGAGAACAGGAGCUACCUGUGAGCUGGAUUUCCCACUCCACCUCCUCCCCCAUCCCCUAAUGCCUAGAGCAAGUACCCCUUAAUCUGGGCAAAAAGGCAGAAAUGUCAUCUGGAAG